GUACGGUUCGCUUUCAUCUUAUGGUACGGUUCGCUAAAAACACGCAAUCUGAACACAAACCGCUCUGGGCUCACUCGCUUGAUUUUUCUGUUCGCAUAUUUUAAUUAAUUUGGUCGUAACGCCCCUCCGUAUAAAUCGCGCUAUUCAACAUGGCUGCUGCUGGAAGAGGGGUGUUAUGGACCGAUGAGGAAACUACAGCACUUCUUCAAAUUUGGAAGGAAGACUACAUAAAACAACAACUAUCAACCACCCACAGAAAUACAAAAGUCUUUCUGCAGUUUUCCGCAAAAAUGAGAGACAGAAGAUAUAACCGAACCGACUUGCAGUGCCGAAUUACAGUUAAAAAGUUACGCCAGAAAUACAUGGCCAUACGUGAUAAACUGCGGUGUAGUGGGCAAUCAGCCGAUGUCAAGUGGCCUGUCUACGAUUUGUUAGAUGAAAUCCUUGGGACAAGCCCCUGUGCAAACCCAUUAAAUGCCAUAGAUGGACGAAGUUUUGACAUGGAGGAUGAGGACGAGAAUGCAACUGAUGAUGACAACAACAACAACCACAACAACAGCAGCAGCAUCAGUAUUGAUAACAGCUCCAUACCUUCUACUGAGUCUGCAGUAGAAACCAGUGAUGAGGGGACUUCAAGCAGUCAUCCAUUGGAAGCAAAGAGAAAGACUAGCAAAUCCAACCAAGAAGAGAAGAAAAGUUUUCUACAACAAAUUACCACUUUGAUUUUAUCAGUCAUUGAACAACAGAAGAAAGACCAUCAUCUGUUUUUGCUAAAGGAAGAGGAACGGCACCAGAGAGAACUGGAGUUGGAACGAGAGCGUUACAAGCUCCAAAUGGAGUUAGAAGAGAGGCGACGCCGUGCACAGGAACAUGAUCAGGCUAUGAUGAGGAUGCUGUGUCAAGUGAUGAACUCAGCUGUAACUAACACUUUUCCUCCUAUUCACACACCUUUGUACCCCACAGAAGAAUCAUCUUUUCAUACUUUGCCUGUCAUACACCAACCAAGUGCUUCGGUUACUGGUCAAGGAGUCAGUAGUACCAGCAGUAGUGAGCAGACACUGUCUGCUAUCUUGCAUGAGUUGAGCAAUUCUGAUAAAUAAUGAAAUUCCAGUUUGUUGAUGGAAUUUUGAUGAUAUAUUUAUUGAUGUUCCAAGGGUUGUUUUUAAAGAGAAAUACUUUAUCCACUUUUUAAAUGAAAAGACAGUUUUAUUUUUGACUCUGUAGAGGGUACCUGGUUUGCUGUAACUUUAAAAUGUGUUAAAAAAAAAAAAAAAAAAAAAAGCAUAUAUUGUAGCAGAUUGUUGUUUACCACAGUUCUGAAUGGUCACAGUUCAGAUGUCUACUGUUCAAAUGUCUGGGCACUGUAUGCUGACAGUUAAUUAACUAGCUAAUAUUGUUUUUAUUUUAAUAAUUUUCAGGUAUGUUUUAUGAGAGCAGGACCAUCAUUGCUGAUCAAUACUUGUUUUGAGUAUAUUUGCAAUAAAAGAAGAGACCAUGUAUUUUUUAUUAUUGUAUUGUGUGAAGCAGUAUUUUUAAAAAUUAUUUCUUGAUGUUUAGCAGUUUUACAAUGCGUGGUCAAUAAAAUGCUUUACAACAAAUUAAA